GGGAGAAGGCAAAUGGAAUGAGAGAAACAACAACGACAAGUCGCAAACGUACAUCGAAAAAUCAUUCGUGUUUGAGAACUCGCCAUCGUCGGACGCGUGCAGCUCCGUGAAUUUAAUUUUCAACAAAAAAAAAAGAAAGAUUUGUUUUUCCAAUUCCCACUGAGUUUAAGAUUUUUAAAGAAAAAAAGAGGUGAUUUUAUUUUUCCUUAUUCUCGUUUAUGUGCAAUUUUAUUUAACUGAAAGAAAAAAAUAACAAGAAAUCCAAAAGAUAUACAAUUUGAUGGUGUCAAUUGAUUUGAAAGCCGAAAAAUUUUAAGUGAAAACAUUAGAAUUUUCUAUUUGAUAUAGAAAACAUUGAAAAAAAGUGCAAAAGUUUAUUUUGUUAAAAAAUAAAAAAAAUAAUCUAAAACAAUGUCAAGCAGUUUUAUACAAAUUAAACCAAUGGGCAUGCUCCCAUUUUAUCAUAAUUCUCGGACUUUGAUAUCAUCAAGUCCAGAAUAUCCCCAACAACAAGCUAGGGAACGUGCUUCGCGUAAUUUGUUUGGUAGUCCCGAACGGGGCGCCAUAAAUCAAAUGUAUCGUCAGGAAGAAAAACAACGCUGUCAACAAUUCCAACAACGAUAUAGUUUGUUGAUUGAUGAUUUGGAUGAGCUUCCAUUAAUUCCCAAACAAUCACAACCCAAACUGACGAUUAAACCUAGGCCCACUAUCCCCACCAAUACUACCACAAUUGUUGUAGUUUCAAAUGCAACAACGAAAAAAAAUUUAACUGCUGAAUGUAGAUUAUCGGGGGCCGGCGAGAGUUUAAUAGAAAAAGAGCUACGCGAAUAUGAGAUGAAAUUAAAGCAACAACAGCAACGUAAAAAGAACUGCAAUGAGAAACUUGCUGCAGGUGACCGCAUUAAAUCUCGUAGUAAUUUGAAAUUAGAGGAAAAUAAUGCGGCGGCAACAGCAACACGGACGACAUUUGUGGAUAGUUCAAAGUGUGCAAAUGGAAACGGCAGCAGCGGUGGUCAUGGUGAACGACCGAAACCCUACGCUAGACAACUGCAAUCCUCUAUGACAGAUUACUAUGCCCAACGUAAGACAGUAGUGUGCAAUAACAAUCGGACAGCUUCUGAAAUUCCAUCCAUUGAAGUCGAAGCUACUCAAGUGCUGUCGCAUCUUUUAGACGACCAAUCUGUUGAAGUUGAAUCCUCAGCGAAUACAAAAACCGCCUCUGAAUCAUUAUCAUCGUCAUUAUGCUCUUCACCAUCAUCAUUAUCAUCAAUUCUUCCCUGCACAGAGGAAUCACCAUCUCAAGAACAUUACACCACACGAGUGACGACCGAUGUAGUUAGCGCGGAGCAGCUUGCCUAAGCAGAAGCUCUCAUCAAACAUCCCAGUUCCCUUGCUGAUUAAUUUUAUUAUUAUUUUUUUUUUUUUGUUUAAUUUUUAGUUUUUAUUUUUUAUUAUUUUUAUAUAUUUUUUCUUAUAAAAAAAAUUUGAAAUGAUCUCAUGAUUGGUUAUAAUAUUUAAAAAAAAAAAAAACAAAACAUUUUUACAUUAGCGUAGUAAUAUUUUAUUUUUAAUUGGAUUUUUGUAUAAA